CCUCAGGUGAAGAGUUUACCGGCUCCACCUGCCCUCCACCCUGCCUUAUAGCUCCCCUCCCAGCGGGGCCCAUACCCCACAACCCUGGGGUUCGGAGAGCAACAAGCAACCCUGCCCUCCCGUCCUCUCCACGGGCACCCACGGCCAUGGCAGCCCCGGCGGCCCGCGUCUCCAAGCAGCGGGCGGCCGCCGAAGGCCUGGGCUCCAACCAGAACGCCGUGAAGUACCUGGGCCAGGACUUCGAGACCCUCAGGCAGCAGUGCUUGGACUCGGGGGUCCUGUUUAAGGACCCAGAGUUCCCUGCCUGCCCGUCAGCCUUGGGCUACAAGGACCUUGGACCCUGCUCCCCCCAAAUUCAAGGCAUUGUCUGGAAGCGGCCCCCGGAGUUGUGCCCCAGCCCCCGGUUUAUCGUUGGUGGAGCCACACGCACAGACAUCUGUCAGGGCGGUCUCGGAGACUGCUGGCUUCUGGCGGCCAUCGCCUCCUUGACCUUGAACGAGGAGCUGCUUUACCGGGUGGUGCCCAGGGACCAGAACUUCCAGCAGAACUACGCAGGGAUCUUUCAUUUUCAGUUCUGGCAGUACGGCGAGUGGGUGGACGUGGUGGUGGACGACCGGCUGCCCACCAAGGACGGGCAGCUGCUCUUCCUGCACUCGGAAGAAGGCAGCGAGUUCUGGAGCGCCCUGCUGGAGAAAGCCUACGCCAAGCUCAACGGCUCUUACGAGGCUCUCGCUGGGGGGUCCACCGUGGAGGGGUUUGAGGAUUUCACGGGGGGCAUCUCCGAGUUCUUCGACCUGAAGAAGCCGCCGGCCAGCCUGUACCAGAUUGUCCGGAAGGCGCUCCGCAGGGGCUCUCUGCUGGCCUGCUCCAUCGACGUCUCCAGCGCGGCCGAAACAGAAGCUCUCACCAGCCAGAAGCUGGUCAAGGGUCACGCGUACUCCGUCACCGGAGUCGAGGAGGUGGAUUUCCGUGGCCGCCCGGAGAAGCUGGUCAGACUCAGGAACCCGUGGGGCGAAGUGGAGUGGACGGGAGCCUGGAGUGACAACGCCCCAGAGUGGAGUUACAUAGACCCCAGGCAGAAGGAGGAGCUGGACAAGAAGGCCGAGGAUGGGGAGUUUUGGAUGUCUUUUUCGGAUUUCCUGAGGCAGUUCUCCCGCCUGGAGAUCUGCAACCUGUCCCCGGACUCCCUGAGCAGCGAGGAGGUUCACAAGUGGAACCUGGUCCUGUUCAACGGCCGCUGGACACGGGGCUCCACCGCCGGCGGCUGCCAGAACUACCCAGCCACUUACUGGACCAAUCCCCAGUUCAAAAUCCGAUUGGACGAGGCGGAUGAGCACCAGGAGGAAGGCGUGGGCGAGCCCCGCUGCACCGUGCUGCUGGGCCUGAUGCAGAAGAACCGCAGGCGGCAGAAGAGGAUGGGGCAGGGCCUGCUGAGCAUCGGCUACGCCGUCUACAAGGUCCCCCCAGAGCUGGAGAGGCACACGGAUGUGCACCAGGGCCAGCGCUUCUUCCUGGGCCGCCAGCCCUCGGCCCGGUCCAGCACCUACGUCAACCUGCGGGAGGUCUCCGCCCGGGCCCGGCUGCCCCCGGGGGAGUACCUGGUGGUGCCGUCCACCUUCGAGCCCUUCCAGGACGGUGACUUCUGCCUGAGGGUGUUCUCGGAGAAGAGCGCCGGGGCCCUGGAAAUGGGGGACGUGGUAGCCGGAAAGCCACACGAGCCACAUCCCGGUGAGGGGGAUCAAGACGAUGGCCAGAUCCGCAGCCUGGUCGGGAAGCUUGCAGGGAAGGGUUCUGCAAUCAGCGCCAGGGACCUCAGGGCUGUCCUCAAUGAGGCGUUCUCCAAACGAACGGACAUAAAGUUCGACGGCUUCGACGUCAACACCUGCAGGGAGAUGGUCAGCCUGAUGGACAGCAACGGGACGGGCACCUUGGAAUUCGAGGAAUUCAAGAUGCUGUGGUUGAAGAUUCAGAAAUAUCUGGAGAUCUACCUGGAGACCGACGACAACCACUCGGGGACCAUUGAUGCCCACGAGAUGAGGACAGCCCUCAGGAAGGCUGGAUUCACGCUCAGCAACCAGGUGCAGCAGGGCAUCGCCAUGCGGUACGCGUGCAGCAAGCUCAGCAUCGACUUUGACGGCUUCGUCGCCUGUAUGAUCCGCCUGGAGACCCUCUUCAAACUAUUCACGCUUCUGGACAAGGACCAGGACGGCACCGUGCAGCUCUCUCUGGCCGAAUGGCUGUGCUGCACGUUGGUCUGACCCAGGCUUCCGGACUUCGGUGACCCCCUCCCCCACCCCCGCCGGCCUGCCUGCCUGCCUCUUUUCUCCCCUCCUUUACAAUUCUGUGGAGCUCAUCCUUCGUGGCUCAUCCCUGUCUGCCUCGCCUGGCAUUGUUCCCUGAGAUCCUGGCCUGUCCCGCCCGCCCGAGUGUUUGGGGAGCCCGGGCUCCCUUUCAGCAGCGUUGAAUUGACCCCAGGGAUGGACAGAACUCAAUGGAAGAUGUGAACCAAAACAGUUUGGCCUUUCUCCCGGGGUAUGCAAUCCGGGCAGUACCCUGGGCUUUCCCUGCUUUAGGAAAGAAGAUGUUCUUGGGAAAUGACUCGGAGCAAAGCUGUGGAGAGAUGGAAACUGUGGGUGGAUUCCUUGGAGGAACGGCUUCUGGGCAGACAGCUUCGGGGCAGCCUCCUUCUGGAAAGGGGCCCCUGCAGCCCUCCCAGGAAGGGGGUGGUGGGGGGGCUGCUGGGAGAAGGGGCCGUGCUUCCUCACCUUCAGACGGGAGAAAUGGCCGCAGUGUGUUUCGGCGGCUGCCCAGUCUACAGGAAGAUUAUCGCGGAGGGGAAUUCUUACUUGACAAACAGCUCCAGGGGAAACGCAGUUCGGGCUGGUUUUGCUCACGGCUGAACACAGGGGUUGCCUGGCUGGUGGGAAAGUAGAUGUCCCAGCCUCAGGUACUGAUGGGCGGGUGGGGACAGAGCCGGUUCUCGUACGCAGACCUCAGACGUGCAGUGCAGAGGAAGGUGAACCUCUCGGUCAGCUCGGGCCGCUGUAACAAAGCGUCACAGCCUGGGCGGCUUGUAGAUGAACACCAGACAUUCAUUUCUCACCGUUCUGGGGGCUGGAAGUCCGAGAUCAGGGUGCCAGCACGUCUGGGUCCUCGUGGGGACCCUCCUUUAGGUCACAGACAGUUGACUUCUUGGUUGCACUCUGGCAUGGACAGCAGACAGGAAGUGAGCCCUCUCAGGAUUCUUUUUAAAAAAAUUCUCACCCAAAGACAUUUUUUUUUUCCCAUUGCAUUUAGAGAGAGAAACAUCCAUGCGAGAGAGAAGCAUCAGUCAGCUGCCCCCUGCACGCACCUGGACCAGGGAUUAAACCCACGACCUGGGUGUGCGCCCUGACCAGGGAUCAAAGCCGUGGCCGUGCGGUUACAGGGCGAUGCUCCAACCAACUGAGCUGCACUGGCCAGGGCCUUUUGGUGAUGCUUACAAGGGCACUAAUCCCCUUUGUGGGGGCCCCACCCUCGAGAUCUCAUCUAACCCUGAUGACCUCCCAAGGGCCUUACCGCCCCUGCCAUCGCCUGGGGGUGUGUGUGGGUGAGGGGCUCCACACUCGGUGCAUUACGAAGAGCUGCUGGUGAGAAAGCACACAGGCAGGCCUGGGCCUCUGACUGAGGAGUAACUUUCAAAUCCAGAAGUAGAGCAGGUCGAACGUUCUUCGUAGGAGCAGGACCAUCAACUAUGGCGGAACACCAGUCAGCUGUCGUGCUGCCUUUGGGUCUCCCGGGGCUCAGUGGGCAAGCAGUGGUGGGCGCUAAGCUGCAGGGGGAGGUGGGCUCAGGCCCUUGCCACUGCAGGGGGAGUCAGCUCAUCUGAAGGCAGAGAAGGAGCUCUCUCUGUGUCGCCAGCCUGUGGGUCCCGGGGGAAGAGGGGUCCCUCCUGUCCAGCCAGGGGUACAGGGGAGCUUCGUUGCCAGAGCACUUCCAUCAGAACUCAUCAGGGGCGCACCCAGCCACCCUCAGACAGCCCACGGGCCACCAGCCUGCCCCUGUCGGCCCCCCUGGGGUGAGUCUGAGGCCCACCGACCAGGUACAAGUCCCCACGCCAUCCCUUUCUUUCAAAACAAAGUGCUGCGAACCGAGUCCCCCUCACAUUGCGAAUGUAGCACAGCUGUGUAUGUGCAUUUAAAGGGCUAUGUUAUAUGUGCCAUGCAACAGGUAGCUUUAUUUUUCAGGCCUACAGGCUCCAGCUACUUUAGGGGAUGAUCUGGGAACCAGAAAAGUAGUCUCGUUACAAAACGGCAUUUGCUUUGGGGGUCUCAGCCCCACGUACGGGUUGUCCUGAGGAUUCCUCCCAAUACAGCCUGCGAGUGAGGUUGAAGAUCCCCACGGCACCUGGACUUUCUCUCAAACACCUUAGAAUUUGUAUCGUGCUCCUUUCUUCUCCCCGGAUUAAGGAAGUGGGAGGCGCUGCCUUCCGGUGUGGCCCCUUCAGUGUCCCCAGGAGUGGCUGUGUGGCAGGGGAAACGGGUCUCUCCAGGUCCACAGCCCUCCCAUGUGGGUUUCCAGGAAGGCUCCCAUCCCACCCUGAGCUUGUCCUGUUGAGAGAACGGGACCCUGAGACAGAGGACACACUGGUGAGGGCCAGAGGGAAGGGGGGUGGGGGCCGCGUGAAGCAGGCAAAGGGGCACGGGAGACCCAAACUCCCGGUUAUAAGAUAAACCAGCCAUGGGAGGGAAGGGGUGGCUUAGGGAACGUGGGGGGAUAAUACCGUAACAGCUUUGUAUGGUGAUGCAUGGUAACUAGACUCAUGGGGUGAUCCCACCGUAAGGGGUAUAAAUGUCGAACCACCCUGUCGUACAGCUGAAACCCAUAUAAUACUCCAUGUCAAUCAAAACGGAGCCCCCUCCACCGGCCCCGGCCCGACUUGCACAUUGCUCUCCUCGUUCCCCCAGAGCCUAGUUUUACCCAGCGGGCUGGGCACCGAGCCGGCGCUCAGCCGAUGAAAACUCUGUCCCUUCCUUUGCCGGAGAGGAGGCCCUGCAGAGCAUGGGCUCCCUGGACAGAGGAGUUUCCAGGACGGUGGGGGGUGGGGUUUGCGUGGGUUGCGAGGGGCAGUUCUGGGCAGAGGCCCCAGGCGGACAGUGCUUGUGGCAGAUGCAUUCGAGUGCCUCUUUGGGGUUGGGGGGGUGAUGUGAGGGGCUGGAGAAGAUGUGGCACCUUUAGGGGUCCCUGCUGAGCCCCCAGGCUCCACCCCCCACCCCCGCCCCCACAACAUGACGACAAGAGUGGAGGGAGCUGUUGCCUCCAGGGGGCCGACUCCCGAGUCCCUGGGUCUUUGCCUUGUGCAGAGAAUCCUAGGGGAGCCCUUGGGUUCCCCAGCUUCUUUAAGGAGAGCAAGGCAGCUCAGUGGGAGGCUCAGGUCAGCCCAGAGAGACAGCUGCAGGGUCUGGGUCACCCUCCCACUGGGGCCCUUGGGUCCUCUCCUGCCUGAGGAGCCCAGACAUGCAGCCUCCUAAAGGCAUGGCUCGUUCUGUCACCAGCAAACAUAAGGGGACACGUGCCACCGGGCAGCUCCCGGACUCCAGGAGACCUCCGGGAGCACGGGUGGGAGGCGGUCAGGGUGUGCGGAACGUUCUAGGUCAUUCCACACCAGCAAGGCCACCUCCAGCAAGCUCCCUUUGCCGCCACAGCUCAGCGUCACGCAUUAGCUUUCCCCGCACAUCCGCCAGCUGGGGCGAGGCUUAUCAUAAUUGUGCAGAAUUGCAGGAGCAGCUCAAGCAGGGCUGGCGGAGUCAGACAGACAGACAGCCCUUCCACGGGCGACGGGGCUCUUCCCACCAAGGCCCCCACGACGUCAGGGCUCUCGGCAGCCCGGCCCUGCAGGGUUGUGCUUGUCUGCCCACCGCGGCUGGCAAGGCUGCUGGUGGUCUCACGCUGGCUCCUCACCUCCUCUGGGUGCUGGCUGCUCCCCUGAGUCGGGGCCGAGGGUCCACGGGAGAGAGUCCUCCCUUCCUCAGCCAGCUGUGCCCUCUCCGCCUGGCCAGGCUGACUUCCUUCUUCCUUCACUUCAAGCCGCCAGGCUUCUCCGAUGCCCGGCAUCUUCUCCGCUUUCGGUGUUUUAGUUUGCUGCAGGCCCCAAGCCUGCCGCUGCCCCCGCCCCUGGCUCAGGGACGAGGCCCUCCCACCCCACCCAGCCCACGAUCGUCUGCUCUUCUCCCCCGAGGUCCCAGUUCCCGAGAGACGUCUUCCUUCAUACACCCACCCUGCCCUUCGAUUUAUGGGCUGGGCUGACCUUGAGAAUUCACAUAGCCCGCUGUGGACAGUCCGGACACCAUCUGACCCCUCUGUUCUUCAGAAAAGACAUCGGAAAGGCCCUAUGGGAGCCCUAUAUAUCAAUUCGAUUGAUCGCCUUUUAGUAUUUGACCAUACCUGUUUUACUGUUUCUUGCUGAAGUAAAUCACAGACAUCAUGACAUUUUA